GUCGUGUUGUAUGUCCCUUGGAGACUAGUGUUGUGCAUAGUGCAUUUUUUUUAUAAAUCGAAGCUUUUUUUAAACGUAACGAACACUUUUUGUGAUGUGAACAGCGAUGUCUAUUUCUGAUGUUGCCAGUAUUAAUUUGUAAAGUUAUUGGUACUACUAAUAUGGGCGAGGAGGUGAAUUGAAGAGUCCACGAAAACAUGAAAAUGGCGCGCCUAACUCCUAUAGUCCUCUGCCUCAUCGCGUGCCAAUACUGCUACGGAUUCAACGGAGACAGCUUCGAACUGGAAUGUCCUGAUGAAUGCGACUGUCACUAUUUCCGUAUAAACUGGGUCACCGAUUGCUCUGAGAGCAACCUUACAGAAGUUCCCUAUGAAGAACUCAGUCUCAGUGUGUAUAUUUUGGAUUUGAACGGCAACAACAUAACGAGUCUCCAGCCUUUCCCGAGCGAAAUAAAGAUGAGGAGGUUACAAAUAGCGAACAACAGACUGACGAGGGUGGACAGGGACGCCUUCCGUGGACUCGAGUACUUGAUCGACGUCGAUCUGUCAGGGAAUAACAUAAGUUACGUCGAUCCAGAAGCUUUAAUGGACUCGCAUGGUCUUCUAAAUGUUGAACUUCAAGAUAAUCCACUUAGUGUCAUCGAAGGACCGUUCCUUAUCUCUGGAACACUCCAAUUUCUGGACAUCAGCAACUGUAAUAUAUCAUCUUUAAACCAGCAGUUCUUCCAAAACAUCACUUCACUGAAAUCGGUUGACCUUUCCAACAAUCCUCUCAGAGCCUUGCCUGAAAGUGGAGUUUUUGACUCGUUAACCAGUCUGGAAACCUUAAAACUGAACGAUUGUAAGCUAUCUAUUCUUGCAGAAAAUCUCUUUUCCGCUUUAGUGAAUCUUAAAUAUUUAGAACUUGCUGGAAACUAUUUAAUGAACACAAACUGGCCUGAGGUAUUAGGCACUUUAAAUAGGUUGGAAUUUCUUAAUUUGAGAAAAUCUGGUCUAGUGUCACUUUCAGAAGAUGCAUUUUCGAAUUGCACUAACCUUGUAGCAUUAGUUUUGGCGGAAAACGAACUACGUGAGUUAGACGUCGCGGCAACGUUAGGCAGCAGUGUUAAUCAUUUGGAAUUAUUAGAUUUAUCGAAUUGUAAGAUUCAAGGGCCUAUUGGAGGGGAUUCAUUUGCCAAUUCUUCAAAAUUAAAAAGCCUCUAUCUUUCGGGCAAUCCUUUAUUUGCACCAGACCUACAAGAAGCUUUAGCACCACUACCGAAACUAGAAAAGUUAUUUUUGAGUAAUUGUGGUUUGCGUAACUUACCUGAUAGUUUCAACGUUUUCGAAAACCUUCUCGAGUUAGAUAUUUCUCACAAUCCUUUAGUAAACGUUUUUACAAGAUUACUCGCUCCUUUAGAAAAAAUAGAGUAUCUCAACAUGGGCUACAGUAAUUUAUCCUACAUAGGACCGCAAACAUUCGCACAUAUGACGUCACUGAAGAGAUUAAUCCUCUCCGGUAACGACCUUUUAUCAUUAGAGGCUGGCUUGUUUGGAAACCUUACACAAUUGACAACUUUAGAAUUAGAAUUAUGUGGUCUAAAGCGACCACUAAAUGCCAAUGCGUUUUUCAAAAAUCUAACAUAUACUGAUUUGAGAGAAAUACGGCUUGGUGGGAAUCCACUGGUAAUUCCUGCUACGGGUCCUCUAUUCCCUAAACAACUGUCGCAAGUGACUGUGUUAGAUUUGAGCAACUGCAAUAUUACGUCACUUAAUCCAGACGCGUUCAAAAACACCGAAAACUUGACAGAACUGAAUUUAGCUGGGAAUCGACUAAAAUCUUUGGACGAAAGUUUGGCUUUCUUAGAACUACUACAACAACUUGAGAAGAUAAAUCUGAGCAACAACAAUUUGACUACAAUAGAUCCACAAUUCUUUGUAAAUAAUCCGAAACUGCACUCGAUAAAUUUAAUCGGCAAUCCGUUUGUGUGCGACUGCAAGAUAGCCGAGAUGUGGGACUGGGCGAAUAUGAUCAAGGGCGAUUUAGACGUCCUCGUCGGAGCCAAGAGUGCUGAGAAAGAUAUCGUGGUCAAGGGCAACAAGAAGAAAAAGAACCUUUACUGCCGUUACAAUGAAGCUCAGCUGCGUAACAUGACUCUCACUGCUAACAAAAGCGUUCCGGGUCGUAGACCUUUUGUGAAGCCUCGUGAACUGACUUACGCAAACAGAACAUGGGCGAAAUAUGUUAGGGAAUCAGGAUGUGAGCCUGUUGUUAAAAUACUUAGGCCAGUUGCCCUGGUGUCGGAUUUAUUCAAAAUGAAAAACGUUGAUUAUGCUCCUUCACCGGCCUUCGUGUUGGCUAUAAUCGCAGUAGCUUUCGGUGUGACCACUGUCAUCAUGACUUUCAGGUUACUGCGAAAGGAUAAAUUAAUUUCCGAAAUCGAUACUGUCAAUAAUAGAAAAGAGAGAUAGUAAACUUUUAUCAUUACUAUUAGGUUAAGUUGUAAGUAAAUUCGAAACUGUACGUAUAUCUUUUGGGUAGCCUGUUUUUUUUAAUGUUUUUUUUUAAUUACAACUAAAUAUUCUUUAUUUAAUAUUUUAGUAAUGAUUAUUUAGUGAUUUUUUACUUAUAUUAUGUCUUCAACGAGUUUUUCGUAAUCGUGUUACCGGCUAACUAUGUAGGUACGUACUAUGUUUUAGUUUUAAAAAGAAGAAUGAAACAAUUGAGUUAAAAUAACUAGCUAAUCAAUAAUUUCUUGCAAACAUGUUUGCCGUUUUUGGUUUUUUAUAAACUCAAUUUAAUACUAAGGAAGGAUUUAAUAAAAUACAUAAUAAGUAAAUAUUAUAAUAAGCACAUAAAUGUCUGCAUUAGUUAAAUAAUAUGUCUCUCUAGCUAUGUAAGCCGAUAGUGAGUUUAAUGAUAGAUAUUUAUUAUACUAGUCAAAGUACUAAUAAAGUAUAUGUAUUAAUUCGUAAUUACCUACCUACCUAAUUUAAUUUUAGAUCCCUAAAUUCACUUUUAAGUAUUUAAUAGUAAAUUUCAUAAUAAAA